CGAUAGAAAAGAGCUGUUAGCUUAGUGAAGUGCGUCACCGUACGUGCGCCCUCGUGACAAAUGGUGACUGCACCCGACAGCCCCAAGUGUCCUGUCAAACCUAUUUGCCUAUUCGCGUAGAUUGGCGUAGUUUACAUUAUUAUAUUCCAUUUAACUUUAACUUUAUUUCGUAUGAGCGUGUAUUAAUCAAUACGGGUGUUAAAAUUCAAUUGACAUAUGGUGUUCCAUUAAACAAGCGAAUCGUUGUUGCUGUGGUGUGCCCAUAUCCCUUAAGUGAGCGAGUGCGUUUACUUUGUUCUCCGAAGUGACCUGAGUGAUGAAAAUGCUCUUAAAAAGUUAUCAAGAAAUUAUGGAAAAUUCAAUGCUUGAGGAGGAUCCGAAUGGCAAUUCUGCGCUCGAACAGUUAUUCACCUCGGAAAAGAAAUCGCCCCGAUGGGGUCCGCAACAUAAGGGUGCACAAGAGCUUGCCAAAUUGUAUGGCCCAGGAAAACGUUUACAAGAGAUAAUCUGCGUUUAUUCAUGUAUUGCGUUAAUGUUUAUAGACCUGUUACUGAUCCUAAAGCAUAUACAUUUCGAAAGACUGAGCGUGGCUUGUGUGUCGGCAUUGUGUGGUAUUAUAACUGCCGAUUUUGGAUCUGGGCUAGUACAUUGGGCAGCAGACACUUGGGGUAGCGUGGAUUUACCUGUUAUUGGAAAGAACUUUUUGCGGCCUUUUCGUGAACAUCAUCUAGAUCCAACGUCCAUAACACGACAUGAUUUCAUUGAAACCAAUGGUGACAACUUCAUGGUCAGCAUACCCAUAUUGGGCUUUUUAGCAUACAGCUUUAACACAAAAUCACAUCAGGACAUUCAACAAGACUUUGGCUGGAUAUCAUAUUUAUUUUUGUGUUCAAUAUUCGUUGCCAUGACGAAUCAGAUUCACAAAUGGUCACAUACUUAUUGGGGCCUGCCGAGAUGGGUACUUUUCUUGCAAAACUAUCACAUAGUAUUGCCGCGAAAACAUCACCGCAUUCAUCAUGUCGCACCGCAUGAAACAUAUUUCUGCAUUACCACAGGCUGGUUGAAUUGGCCAUUGGAAAAAAUUAGAUUCUGGCCUGCGUUAGAAGCUAUUAUUGAAUAUUCAACUGGUUGCAAGGCACGUGAUGAUGACCUCAAGUGGGCCAAAAAAAUGACAUAACUGUGUUUGCGAGCAACGAAAAUUCAUAUGUUCAUCCUGUAGACUUUCAAGAAUACAUACAAACACAUGCACUUGAGCAAAUACGUAUGCAUGCGCAUGUAUGUAUUGUAUAAUAUACAUCUACACAUACACACGUAUAACACCAGCAUUGGCAUUGUGAGAACUUCUUCAAUCACACACAAAAAUUUAUUGAAAUCUUAUGAGCAUUUUUUAUUACGCUGAAUGUACAAAUGCUGAAUAUACAAAUCGCAUUAGUUUGCCUGUACUAAUUAGAACUUUUUAAGAUAUUUCAAACUCAUCCUUGCGUGCGUAUAAUUACAUAAGAUAGGCACACACACAUGCAGACAUACAUAUUGAACAAAAAAAAUGAAACAAAAAACAAAGACAAUUAACAUCAAAUAUCACAAGCAAUUAAUUUAAGUGAACACUAUAAGUGAAUUAGGAGGCUUUUUUUAUAAAUAUACACCACAUAGCGCAUAAUUAGGUGAAAAUAUCAUUUUUACAAUAUAAUUAGAAUACUACUUUUUAAGCUGCUUAAAAACUAUUUGUCAAUUGUUUAUAAAAUACCAAAGUAAUUUCGAGAUCAAUAAUAGUCAAAUAGCCAGUGAUCACUCAUACAUAUAUUUACUAGAGCUAAUCACAUAAAUACUUAUUUUUUCGGCUCAACACUGUACCAUGAAUCACAAGAGUAAAUCAUCUUUGUGGACAUUUGACAAGUAAAAAAAAAACUUUUCUCAAAAUCAGCAAUCAGAAGAGCGAAAAACACAUUAAAUUCGAAACAAACAUUUUGGUAUGUAUAUAAGGAAAUGUUAAGAAGUAACCUUAUGAAAAAUUUUAUUGAUUCUCGACCAGUUUCCUUACUCUGAUGGCCGGUUUUUAGACAAUUAAAAAAAAAAUAUAUAAAUAAAUAUGUUAGUCGUUUAAUAUUUUGUCCACAAUAACUUGGCAAUAAAUUAACUAAUUUCAUAUUAGAUGAUCUUUUAAGUUGUCACAACUGCAGCUAAACCUUUUUGUGUCAAAUAUCUCUUAACAAAUUUACGUCAAUGAAUUUUUAAAAUGCAGUUUAGUUUCUUGCGCUUGCUAUCCGAGUGUAUUUGAGCCAUGAAAAAGCUCUUCUUGUACCAUUCGAAGUUCGCUUAAAAAUGUAGGUCUCCCCAUUUGGGAAACAGCACCAAUACUCACACCACAAAUGGGUGGAGCAACUCGGCCGAACACCCAAAAAGGGGGUAGAUGCCAAUGUAGACAGGUUUCCGUGUAUUAUGGGUGAAAAUUGGUAGGAUUUCAAUAGGAACGCAAUUUUCUUUUUAAUACGCUUUUGUCGGUAAAUCAAUACAGAAUAUACAAGCUGGCGCAAAACUAAUCACCCAAUUUGGUUUCUGAACAACUUUUUUACUAAAUAAAAAAAAAUGAUUUUGAGUUAUGGAAAUCUUUAUUUUGCCCUUUACGUGCUCCAUUGCUUGACUUUUGUAUACUGCAACUGUUUAAUUCACAAGUGUCAAAUAUGAUUCACGUAUGACGCCAUUUGCAAAAAUUAUAAAUCUUCCGGUAGGGUGAUUUAUUUUUGCGCCACCUUGUACAGUGUACUCUCUCCUAACGAGCACAUAUCUUAAGCGGACACUUUUUUCAGUACAUACCACAAAUCCUUAAGAGUUUUCAAAUUUUUUUUUUCUUGAGCGGACAACCCUCCCAUAGCAUAUUAUAUUACUAACUUUUUUUUACACUUUUCCCUUGACCGAACACCUCCCGUAAGCGAACAAGUCUUUCAGUCCCUCAGACGCCCGCUUAAGAGAGAGAGUCUACUGUAUUCGCCUCAAGAAGUGUGUAAGUGUAAUUUUAUAUUUAAAUUUUUCUUUAAGCUCUAGUAAUCAACCGCUCAGGGUUACAAACACAAAUGGUUGGGAACUCGGCAAAGUAUGAAAGUUUCAUGAAAGUUUAAAAGGUACAUAAGCAAAAUCCCUGUGCCAUACCAAAUCGGACUUUAAAUACUAUUUAUAUAAAUAUCUCGACCCCAGCGUCGUCUAGUAGAUCUAAACAAUCUCAUUCAUAAACAUUCCCAAAUAUGCUCUGAUCAAGUCAAAAAAGUAAAAGGUACUGGAAUAUAUAAACUAGAAACGAAUAGACAAAUAAAUAACCUUCCACAUUUACAUAUUACGAGCAUAGGAAGACAAGCUCUUUUGAUAGAAAGGUCUUAAUAGAAAACUGAUCGUAGCCGGGCGUGGUUUUUCGUGAUAUCCUAACUGGAAGUCUUCUUUAUUUCACAGAAAACCUCUAAAUGCCUUAUUGACAUGAAAAUGAUCUGCUAAAAACAAACUGCCUUUCGACGGCGGCAGGAAGAACAACUUGAAUAAAAAUCGCAAUUUGCAAAACUUCUACCCUCAUAUUAAUUUUAACAAUUUGGUUAAGACUACUCGUGUGACUACUGAUUUCAUGUUAUUCAUAUAUAACAUGCCCUUACAAUAAUUUCUUAAAUACGUCAUAUAACUAAAUUUUUAAUACGAAUUUUAACAACAAAACAGUUUUGAGGUUAGGCAUCAGGCUAGAUAGGGUAGUAAUGACAUAGAUGGCUUGUGCUCUGAAGUGAACUAUUAUCUCGACAGCCUUUUUUGCUUUUGCACUGUGAGGAAUUUUCAGCUUUCGCUCACUAAAUCCACGGUGACCCUCUUUACCACCACCUGGACGAAGGAGGUCAAACUGCAGUUAAAAGUGAAAGUUGACGAUACACUAAUUCUCCUUCUUGGCGCACACAACCGCAAUUUCCACUACGGUCCAAUACCGUAACAAGGUAAUCAAAUCGCUACCAGCAGCACUUGGGGCAAAUACAAAAAAAAUGUUGCUGGCGACUUUUAAAGCAAUUGGUCGGUUGGACGGUACUGAAUUACACUGCACCUAUCUUUUCGCCUAGCACAGCGACAUCUAUAUAACGAGUCUUUCAUGCCCCCGGUUAAGGAGUACAGUAAGAUGCUACCGCAGGAAUCACCCCUGCAAACACUUGCUAGAGGCUAAGCUACCUCCCAGGGGAACCAGGUCACAUCUCUUCAACUAUACUGACGAGAUCAAAGAUCAAACACGACUACAACUACUGGAUCAGACAGUUUAUAGACAGAAAUUAAACGACAUUCAUUGCGAGUCUCUUACCACCUUCCUAAGAUCCCGAUCCCGAAUGCAGCCAUCGGAGUUUUAGCAUCACUCCUCCUAGAUGAAUAGCUUCAGUUGUCUCGUGGGACUUGCAAAUCUUUGGCUCAAUUCUCACCUACUCACAUGCCCUCUUAAACCACGCCACCUCACGAUCCUAUCAUAAACGAACACCAAUUAAGCUAUAACAUUUUCUCGAGACAAAUUAUUCUGUCAAAUGUCCGCAGAUAUAUGUACAGUGUUACGUAAAAUCUGAGCAACUUUUUUUCCUUAAUUAAUGAUACAGUCUUUCUUUAAAAUAUUUGGCUACAAUUAUCCACAAUCACAGAACGGACUCGUAACACAUAGCCAGAAUAAAUUAUUGAUAGACAUAAAAUAAACUUAGAAAGUUUUCUGACACCUAACAGAAUCGAAAGUAAUUAUUGAAUCUUUUUAUUUAUAGAAAAAUAUAUAUGGUUACUUUUCAUUUCGUUUGCUUGAACCAUCUGAAAAUACAAUUGACAAGGUUUAUUUGCUCAAAGUGAGCAAAGAUUUCUCAUGCUUUGUUUGAUUUUUUGCUCAAAAUUAUUUAAGAAUAUAAAAUCUUACUCUUAUAUGACAGGCAAUUAAAUUGAAAUCAUUUUAAUUUUGCGGCUGAUCUACAUAUACUUAAUGUCAUAAGUCUACGCUCAUUUGUGGGUAGUUUAAAAAGUAACACGAAAAACAGUUUUUAAGUUAAUUUUUUUUUUGUAAUUAUCGAAUUAAAUGCAUAAUCCAUUUUAGAUCACACCAUUUAGGAAAUAAAUAAUAGAUUUUAUUUGAAACGCAAAAAGGACGUAUUAUUAAAGUCUACGCUCAUUUAUAAAAAACUUAAAAUAUUCAAAAAAACUCUCCGAAAAUAUGCACGUUCUUAGUAACUUAUUGGAUACCAACGAAGUUUGAACACUUCCUUUAGUCUAUUGGACAUAGAGUUCACCAAUUUAGUAAUCUCUUCGACAGUAAUCUUAACCCACUCCUCAUUGUAAUUUCGUAUUUUUUUAUAUUUCUUUCCAGAAGCGCCCAUAAAAAUGUUCAAUAGAAAAUCCAUAACUGUUCUAUCAUAUAUGAGCCAUAUGGCUUGGAGUCGUUUUCUUAUGGAAAGCAGUAAUCAUUCGAUAACCCCAGCAUCUCAGCGCGUUGCUUUAAGUUUUGUUUUCAAAUAUCUAAAUUACAAUUUUUCUUCCUUUGAUACCAAAAAUUCAAAACUUGCUUUCAUCCGAACUAAAUUUCUCCAAAAUUCUGGAGACUUGUCUCAUUUGCGAAAGCAAUGCGUUGUUGUCUAUUUAUUAGGGAUAUAGAUGGCACCUUCCCAGCUACUCUCCUAUUAUAACCGGCUUUUCUUAAGACUCUUCUGGCAGUUGAAGCACUAAUAUAUUUUUCGAACUAAUUUCAUAGUUCAUCUUUCACUUUCGAAGCAGUUAUCUUUGUAUAUUUCUUUACCAGCCAUAUAAUACUGCGAUUUGCCCUUUCUGUCAAUUUACAAUGACGACUUGCUCUUGGUCUUGAAGUUAUAAUUCCGAUAUUUUCGUAGUUUUGAAUUACUGUCCGAACUGAUGUGCAUGCCUUGCUUGUUGCUUUCCUGCAGUUUUGGCCUUCUUUCCACAAUUUUAUAUAAACGAAUAGCUUGAUGAAUAAAAAUGAUCAUUUUUCUUACCAUGAAAUUGCCUUAUAUUAAUCACACGUUUGUUUUUCUUUUAAAUAAAUAAAUAAAUAAUCACACGUAAAGCGAAUCCGCAAAUGAUGAGCGUAAACUUUUGACUCUCGCCUUACUACGUAUUACCAAAAAAAAAGUACCGUUAGAAUCGGUGACGACGCAUGGCGGUGAUCAUUUUUUAUCUAUCUACUACGAUAAUAAACAACGACGAUGAUGAAUUUGAAUUUGUGCUGAACUUACCGUUAGAAUUUCAUUAACAAAUAGGAGAAUUUUAUUAAAAAAGGAGGAGAUUAUGACACCUGGUCUAUUUUCGUGAGAUAAAUUUAAGUUUGAGUUUUCCUUUGUCAAAACUCAAAUUUGUUCAAGAUUACUUCGACAUGUUUAGAAAUUAGUUGGAAGCGUAUUGAAUUCUCAAACAAAUUGUCGUUAUAUUUAUUAAAACACCAUUAGCCCUCGAAGCAACACUAAUUCCAAUAAAGGAAGUAUAUAUGAGGACCAAUUCCAAAAAGAUAGAAAAAAUUCUAAUUAAACAUAUUUAUAAUACUCAAUGUAACGAGUAUUUUUUUUAGCUGCAUGAAACUAUCGAUAUCGAUAACUAUAGUUUCACAGCUGAGAAUGGCAAACUAUGUUGACAUUUCUGUUCAUCGUCAUGAGUCAUGAAUCGUUUAACGCCAGAACAACGAUUCCAACGCUUCGAAAUUUACUUUGAAAAAAAAAUCUGUUCGCGAGGUUCAUAGAGUGUUGAAGAAGACGCUGAAAUAUCGAUUCGUCGGCAUUUUCAACUUGUUGGCCUUUGUCCUUCAACUACGUAGAAAAUUUGAUGAAAGGAUCUUGGCUUACGUGUCCAUUAACUAUAGCUAAAUGAUCACCGUUUGCGUCGUAUUUUGGCUGAUUGUGCUCAUUUAGAUUUAUUGGGGAAAAUUAGUCAAAAAUUGAACUGAUCAACAUAUGGCGGAUAUUAUAUUCAAAAAAUUAAUACCAUGAAAUUAUCUUCCAGAUUAUAACACAAAAAAUUUCAGUGUAUGUUCUGGUGGAUACUGUAGCAGGUUAAACUUUUACCUAUCCAGAAUUGACCCCGACAUACUAAACAUAUGUCCGGCAUGUGAAGGCACCCCGCACGGCACGAACCACCUUUUCACAUGCCCCAUCAAACCCACUCGCCUAACAUCCCUCUCCCUCUGGACCCAACCUGUCGAAACAGCAAGUAUCCUGGGCCUACCGUUAGAUGAGUUAGACGAAGACGACCGGUGAUUUACACCACACUGGCAGGGCAAAGUGUACUGCUACAACAACAACAACAACAACAAAUUUCAUUCCAACAAUAUUUCUUAAAGCUCAUCAAAAACACCCGUUAGAUAGUUUCCAUUUUUUUCAACUACGUUUAAUAACAAGAGUAAGAGGAAAUUUUGAGUGUAAAUGCAUAUUAGAAAUUCUAGCUAUUUUCCAUUUAUUGAAGCGAGUCAACUAAAAUGCCCUCAGAUAUGCACGAAUACAUGAAUUCCAGAAACUCAGGAAUAGUAGGCAUUACUUUUUGGAUGUGUAUCUACGAUUCAUUUUCUCCUCAAUUUAAUGAAUAUAAUGUUCGACAUUUAGAAAGAUUUAUUUAAAAAGAAAAUAUUUGUUUAAACUACGAAAAUUUAAAACUAAAGACUUUAAAAAAUAUAUAGGCAAGUACAUAUUUAAAUAACGAGUUGGAGCAACAUUAAGUUAGCGUUCAAAUUUAAGGAGUAUAUAUCAAAUUAGCAAAAGUUGGUUGGGUUUUGCAGAGCCCCUUUAAUAACAAUAUAUGAUAUUAGUUUAAUUAUGCAAUUUUCUAUAAGUUGCUUAGAUUAUUGGCAAUGCUGUACAUUCGAUGUUUGCAAGUAAUAUACAUUGCUUCGAAAAUUAUAAGAAAUAAAUCCAACAGUUGAUUUUUGGAAUUUCGCUCACAGCCAGACACGCCAUACGACAUGUAAAGCGAUUCAUAUUUGUUUCCUUACUUGUGGAAUUGUAUGUGCAAUGGUUUCAGCCCAGACCUUAAACCAUAUACGUAUUACAUGUACAAGUUAUAGUAUGUAUACUAAAUACUAUAUUGAAAAAGUUCGUAUACGAGUAUACUCUUAUUAGUUUAUCUAUUUAUUUAUCUUACAUAAAAGAAAUAUAACCUCAAUGGAUAAAUUUUAAUAUUUGAUUAAAUCACCAGACUAGUAAGCACCAUUUUUGCAAAAAUACCUAUAUAAUUUUGAACUUAAAUCAAAAAUUUGAAGUAAUUAACAGCAAUUAUGAUAUAUAAAUUUAACUUUAAAUGCAUUAAUUUAAUACUUGCACAUUUUAAGUUUUAUCGUACACCGUCGGUUGCAUUUCGUUCGUUGCAAAUAAAAUACCUACGUGCGAGGGCAUCAACUGGCUUCACCGUUUUCUAAUGCAUUCUGUUCAACAUCUAUUCGAAAUUUUUGAUUGAUAAUGAAAUCAUUUUAUUAUAAAAAUUUAUUUUUCCGCCUUUAUUGUUUGAUGCUUCUCCAGAUCUAAUACAGGCUUCCCAAAGGUGUUUACCUCUUGGAAAAUAUUUUUAGAUGCGCUUUUCAUUAUCGCUCUCAAACUGCCAGGUCUUUUUUUUUCACUAUACUCAAAAUCAUUUUCAAAAUCAUCAAUUUCAGUAUACCCAGAAGGAAUAGUUUCAGUUUUGGUUAAUGAAACAAGUCAGGUGCUGCCAUAUCUGAUAAACACGUUGGUUGAUCGUUGAUAUUUAUGUAAAUACAACAGUUUAUUUAUUUAUUUUAAAUUAAAAGAAAGUUAUUAAAAUACGAUUGAGCUCUCUAUUGUGUUUCAAAAAUCAGACUUUAGCGUCUUUACGUUUUUUACGUCAAUGAGCUCCAUCAAAUAAGUUCGAAUUGAAAGCGUUUUCUUUGCUGUAAAGGUCGAACUAAAUGACCAUAGAUAUAACUUUUAUUUACCAUAUAAAUACAUAUAUAAGCGACUCUUUUUCGAAUAUUUUUAAGACUCAUUUAACUACGCAUUGACUUUUUAUACAGCUUAUUUCGGACUCUUGCUUUGGAGCCUUUUAGGAUUCUUAUUGGCCACCUAAACGACUGGUGUCUUAAGAAAUAACUGUGGAAUAACUAAGGAAUAACUGUGUUAUAUUCGCUGAAAGUUUUAAACCAACAAGCACAGUCACUUUAAGUAGGUAUUUAAUACCUCAAUGACGAGUUGCUGAUCGAGUAAAGCCUCACUUCAAAAUUUUCGAGCUGGUAAAGUUUUGUUAUUUGCAUAAAGUGUCAGCUCAUAAUUUGUAUUAUUUACAUAUGUAUGUAUCUACAUAUAUCUGGCCACCAUUGCCGAAUAGAUUGGUGCGCGACUAACAUUCGUUAGUGCACGCGUUCGAAACCCACUGUGGGUACGAAACACCAAAAUGAUAGCGAAUGUUUUUUCUAGCAAGCAAUGGAAAUCUCCGAGUGUAUUUCUGCCAUGAAAAAGUUCCUCAUAAAAAACCAUUUGCCGUUCGGAGGUGGCAUAAAACUAUAAGUCCCUCCAUUUUUGGCAUCAAGUAGUGAGAGCAUCAAGACUCGCCACAAAUUGUAGGAGUAGUUCGGCUAAACAAUCUACAAUAGAUAUGUUCCAAUUAUAUUUACACAUUUAUAUUCAUAAUCGCUUACGAAGCCUGAGUUAUAAGAAUAAUAGCUAAUUAAUAAUAAUUGUAAUUAAAUUUUAAAAGGUUUUGUUCUAUUUCCUAUUCAACAAUUAUUUUAUUUUUCGAAUUUUUUUCCUUCUCUCAGGCAUGAAAAUACUAAUACAUUUCUUAACUAAACGACAAAAGAAUAUAAUUAAUAGAUAGUAGAAAACUCGUUGUUUAAAACCAUCAUCAAAGGUUGAGAAGCCCUACCUGAAACUAUCUUUCUCCUGAAACUAUUUUUUCCACUUUUUCACUAUCUCUAAAAGGUCGAUUGUGUGGAUCUAAGUCCACAUGCAAAAUUCUACACAGGCGGGUUCAUACAGUGGUUUCCUUUUAAAAAUUGAAAAAAAAGUUAACAAAAUCAAUACUUUCAGCAUAUUCUUGGUUUAUUCGAAGGAGCAAACAUUCCCAUUUAUAGUUAUUGACUACGAUUUCAUUAAUUUCAUUUCAUGCAUAUGGCUAUCCCGCAGUAUCGCAUCCUGUUCACCCAGUUUUUCAAAACCCUAUUGACAGUAUCUAGCGCUAUCUCGCACGAAUGACACACCGAUACUCGCCUCAACUGUUAAUAGAUUGUUCGCAUAACAUCGGGCCGUGAUGGCACCUCACAAAAAAGCCUCCUCAAAUCGCAGCUUCAAGGUGGUCAAUUGAAAUCGCCGAGACGGCUGAUGGCACGAUUAUCGAACUUGGCGCGCAAGAAUCGAUUGUGGAUCGAUGGGCUGUGUUGCACGGCACACCAUUUUGCUGAAACCAAAGAUCGUCCAAGCCCAUGUCUACAAUUUCUGGCCCAAAAAAUCGUUUAUCAUGCCUCUGUGGCGCUCACUUCAUAUGUUUACUUCAGUUCCAAUAGUUCUAUACACACACACAUACAGAAAAUACAUAUGAGUAGCAAAUCUAGACUAGAACUAUCGUCAGAUAUCAGAUCGAUUGGGAUUUUUUUAUUCUUUGAAAAUAUAUGCUUUUCGGUUACUAUUUAAGAAUAACUAAAGAUCUACUAAAUAAAAACAUCUCUCUGCACAUAUUAUCGGUUCUAGUCCGUAGGGAGGAAUUUGCGAUUGGGAAUUUGCUUAUUACCUAAAAAAUUUAAGAUUUAUUAAGAUUUUUGACUGCUAUCGUAACAAGAAAAUUCUGAACAAUCCAUUAAUAAAAAAUGGUAUAUAUUUUUCCGUUUGAGUUUAGCUGAGUUUGCCAACUAAGCUUUACUUUGCAAAAUUUGAAGAGUGUUGAUCUCGUGUAAGUUGAAAAAUUGCUUCUUAGCCUUUGAGAAGGCACUGAAAAUGAAUAAAAUAUUUGCCUACUUUUGUGCACAGCAAAUACAUAUUUAAUAUAUGAUUCAUAUGUAUGUAUAUUUUCAAGCGCUUUUUAUAUAUCGGUCAUACUAUUUUAACAACUAAAUUUUUAGUUUUAUUAAAAGCUGGGCUUAAGUUACAAACCUAUAGGCUGGAGACAGCAUAAAAUAUCGCCCACUUUUAAGUUCAUAUCAUUGUAAUGUUUUGUAAUUAUUUUGUAUGAAUAUUUGUAAGGCGCUAAUUAGCAGUCGUUAUCAUAAAUGUAUGUAAAUAGUGAAUAGAAUACACUCAACUAUCAUUUCUAAUUUAGACAUAUUAGACAUUUUUAAAUUUCGCUACAUGCAUUCCUGACAGAGAUCUAAUGACAAUGCUAUGUGCACAUUUUUACGCUUAUUUAACUUUAUUUCUAUAUUAACGAAAAAUACACCAAAAAACCAAAGCUUUAAUAAAAUAUAUUUAAAAUUCGUAAAAACAACGUAAGUGACUUAAAUUUUGCCUUAAUAAAAAAUGAGAAGAAACAUUGCAGAUCAUCACUGAUAAUUAUAAUUCAAGUCAUAAGAUUGUAAUGAAGUCUGUUAAAUGGCUAUAAACCAGCAAAAAGAAAACAAUCUAAACUUCAUUGUGAAUUGUACUUUUUAUAAAAUGCACCCUUUUACACAACAUACAUACAUAUGUAUAUGUGUGUAUGAAUAUAUAAGUUGAUGAUUAUAUGAUUAUAUUAUAUACAUAAAUUUGUGAACAAAUUUAUUCUAAGGCAAUUUUGUAUUUAUUUGCAAGUAAUAAAGCAAUAUUCAUUGUG